AUGGACUCGGGACUCGGUCAACCACUUCUCUCCUAUUUAGUCUCACCGUCGUAUUCAAGAUUGAAUACUAUCGACAAUUUUUAUUCACCUGAUCAGAUCACUUGUAUCUGUGAGGCGCUCACGAAUGAAGUUGAACGAUUGGCCUCUUUUGUUUGGUCUUUGCCCCAGCGGGAGGAGCACAGGAGAAAUGAGAGCUUGCUUAAAGCGCACGCGCUCAUCGCUUUCCAUCGCGGGAAUUACAAAGAACUCUAUCGGCUGCUCGAGCAACACGUUUUUUCUCCAGAAUACCACCAACAGCUGCAAGAGCUCUGGCUGAGGGCGCAUUACAAUGAGGCCGAAAAGAUGCGCGGUCGAGAGUUAGGCGCGGUGGGGAAGUACCGGAUUCGACGGAAAUUCCCACUUCCAAGGACAAUUUGGGACGGCGAAGAGACGAGUUAUUGCUUUCGAGAAAAGUCGCGUCACGUCCUCCGCGAGUGGUACACGAAAAAUCCAUAUCCGACACCGAAAGAGAAAAAGGAAUUGGCCGAAUCCACUCAUCUAACUGUCACCCAGGUGAGCAAUUGGUUCAAGAAUCGACGGCAACGGGAUCGAGCUGCUGACUCGAGGGAGAGGGAUCCACUGCACCCAAAAGAUGACUCAGACUUCUCGAGCACUGAAGAGGACCAAACGAGUUCGAAACCAUCAACUACCGUACCCCUAACUACGUCUAAAGCCACACCGUCCAUUUACUCGACGACCUAUUCGGCUUUAUUAUAUCCAGGUGUCAUGCCUUACGGGAUCACGCCAGAGAUCAUGCAAUUUUCCGUCAAUGUCAACAACUAUCAAAACUUG